GAAACUUUGUCGUUUUUCUUCCUUCUUCAAUAACGUUGAGAUAACAGAAUAGUACAUUUGGUUCACCGGUAUGUCUACCGUGACGUCAUUUUCCGGCGUACAGUUUUGCGUUCCUUCUUCUUCUUCCAAUUCUUCAAACAGAGUUGCUUUAUUUUCAUCCCAUUCAGCGCCGUACCUGAACUUCUCAGGCAAAUCGCGAGUUCUUGGCAAGUGUAGUUCGUUGAAACUGAAGAGGAAGGAUGUGUUCUUCAGUAGGAAAACUGAGAAACUUUCUCAGGGCUCAAGGCUUACCGUACGUUGUGAUGCUUCAAAUGGAAGGAUCACUCAGCAAGAUUUUACAGAAAUGGCAUGGCAAGCAAUUGUUGCAUCGCCAGAAAUAGCUAAAGAGAACAAGCAUCAAAUAGUAGAGACUGAGCACUUGAUGAAGGCACUGUUGGAGCAAAAGAAUGGGCUGGCUCGUCGCAUAUUCUCCAAGACGGGUGUAGAUAAUACCCGCCUUUUAGAGGCUACUGAUAAGUUUAUUAGACAACAACCAAAGGUUAUUGGUGAGACAGCAGGUUCUAUGUUAGGCCGAGAGUUGGAAGGUCUGAUGCAGAGAGCCAGGGAGUACAAGAAAGAGUAUGGUGAUUCCUUUGUGUCAGUUGAGCAUUUGGUGCUUGGCUUCAUUCAAGAUAAACGAUUUGGGAAGCAACUGUUUAAUGAUUUCCAGAUUUCCCUGAAGACACUGAAAACUGCCAUUGAAUCCAUAAGGGGACGCCAAAAUGUUAUUGAUCAAGAUCCUGAAGGGAAGUAUGAAUCACUAGAAAAAUAUGGAAAAGACCUGACUGCUAUGGCUAGAGCGGGGAAGCUUGACCCAGUUAUAGGAAGAGAUGAUGAGAUACGUAGAUGCAUACAAAUCCUCUCAAGGAGAACAAAGAAUAACCCAGUGUUAAUUGGUGAGCCUGGAGUUGGGAAAACUGCAAUCUCUGAAGGGCUUGCUCAGAGAAUUGUGCAAGGAGAUGUACCUCAGGCUUUGAUGAAUCGAAGGUUGAUAUCUCUUGAUAUGGGUGCGCUCAUAGCUGGUGCAAAAUAUCGUGGUGAAUUUGAAGACAGAUUGAAGGCAGUGCUUAAGGAAGUGACAGAAUCUGAAGGACAGAUCAUCCUUUUUAUUGAUGAGAUACAUACUGUUGUUGGUGCAGGUGCUACUAAUGGUGCAAUGGAUGCUGGGAAUCUAUUGAAGCCGAUGCUUGGUCGAGGAGAACUACGAUGUAUUGGUGCGACCACCUUGGAUGAAUACCGUAAAUAUAUUGAGAAAGAUCCUGCCCUGGAGCGUCGUUUCCAGCAAGUUUAUGUUGACCAGCCUACAGUUGAAGACACUGUCUCCAUACUUCGCGGAUUACGUGAAAGAUAUGAGCUGCAUCACGGGGUUCGCAUUUCAGACACUGCGCUUGUCGACGCAGCUAUUCUUUCGGACCGUUAUAUUAGUGGACGUUUUCUACCUGACAAAGCUAUUGACCUAGUUGAUGAAGCUGCUGCAAAACUGAAAAUGGAGAUCACCUCAAAACCUACAGCCCUUGACGAGAUCAAUCGUGCAGUUUUGAAGUUGGAGAUGGAGAGGCUAUCUCUAACUAAUGAUACAGAUAAAGCAUCGAAAGACCGGUUAAACCGUCUUGAGACUGAAUUGUCUCUUCUGAAGGAGAGGCAAGCUGAGCUGACUGAGCAGUGGGAGCAUGAAAAGAGUGUGAUGACUCGCUUGCAGUCCAUUAAGGAAGAGAUCGACCGGGUAAAUCUUGAGAUCCAGCAAGCAGAGCGGGAAUAUGAUCUUAAUCGUGCUGCUGAACUUAAGUAUGGGAGUCUAAACACCUUGCAGCGUCAACUUGAAGCUUCAGAAAAAGAACUGAGUGAUUAUAUGAAGUCUGGAAAAUCGAUGCUCAGAGAAGAAGUAACUGGGAAUGAUGUUGCAGAGAUUGUUAGUAAGUGGACUGGGAUUCCUGUUUCUAAGCUACAACAGUCGGAGAGGGAAAAGCUGUUGCAUUUAGAGGAAGAGUUGCACAAACGUGUUGUUGGUCAAGAUCCAGCAGUAAGAGCAGUAGCAGAGGCAAUCCAGCGCUCGCGUGCUGGACUUUCAGAUCCUCAUCGUCCUAUUGCAAGCUUUAUGUUCAUGGGUCCCACUGGAGUUGGAAAGACGGAGUUAGCUAAGGCCCUUGCUAACUAUUUGUUCAAUACUGAAGAGGCACUUGUGCGCAUCGAUAUGAGUGAAUACAUGGAGAAGCAUGCAGUUUCAAGAUUGAUAGGAGCUCCCCCUGGUUAUGUCGGGUAUGAAGAAGGGGGGCAGUUGACAGAGAUUGUUCGCCGAAGACCUUAUGCAGUUAUAUUGUUUGAUGAAAUUGAGAAGGCCCAUUCGGAUGUAUUUAAUGUGUUCCUGCAAAUCUUAGAUGAUGGUAGGGUGACCGACUCGCAAGGACGCACAGUGAGUUUCACCAAUACUGUCAUCAUCAUGACAUCAAAUGUUGGUUCACAAUAUAUCCUAAAUACAGAUGAUAAUGAUGAUGAUUCAUCGAAGGAAGCGACUUAUCAAACAAUAAAGCAAAGGGUGAUGGAUGCUGCACGUGCAGUUUUCCGCCCUGAGUUCAUGAACCGGGUUGAUGAAUAUAUAGUAUUCCAGCCUCUUGAUCGUGACCAGAUCAGUAGCAUUGUGCGAUUACAGCUUGAAAGAGUGCAGCAGAGAUUAGCUGAUCGUAAAAUGAAGAUUCAAGUGAGUGAAGCUGCUAUUCAAUUGCUUGGAAGUCUUGGUUAUGACCCCAACUAUGGAGCACGGCCAGUGAAGCGGGUGAUCCAGCAGAAUGUUGAGAACGAAUUGGCCAAAGGAAUAUUAAGAGGAGAAUUCAAGGAUGAGGAUACUAUUUUAGUAGACACGGAGGUCAGCGCAUUUUCGAAUGGACAACUUCCUCAGCAGAAGCUAGUGUUUAAAAGACAAGAGUCUGGUUCAGAUUCUCCAGCUGAGAACCAAGAAGCUUUCUCUCAGAAACUAUGAGACUACACCUCAACAUCUUGUUUAGACACAUACUAUGAUUUCGAGCAUCGAACUAGUAGUAGCUCUUGUAUCUAGAUUAUGGAUAUACAUAUUUCACGGCUUUGAAUAGCAAAUACCUACACAGUUGAACAGUGUGGAGUUCUGUUUUCGUAUAAUAAAUAGCUUAUUAGUCUAUAG